AUGCCAUUUUAUAAGCUGACAGCUUUGGCCGUCUUGGCCCUGACCAGAUGCGCACUGGCAUAUUCCGAGCCAAGAGCGUAUGUGAUACCGUCUGGGCAAUUCGACGGGACUGCUCGCGCAGACGAGGUGGUGGACAAGGCAGCUUUCGAUGGCCCUCAAGUUACGGUCAAUAACGGCUCUGCGUACCAGUGGUGGUAUUUCGAUGCUGUUGCCCAGGAUUCCAACGCAACCUUGGUAGCCCAGUUCUACCCCGGAUGGUUUUCCGAGUCGAACGCGGUGCUUUUGAACAUUGUUUGGCCCAACGGAACUUCAUAUGCCAAUGUGAUCCCUGUUGGUGACCUACAGCUUACCACAAUUGGGGAAGGAUCUCAAGGAUAUGUUGACUCUGGGUCAAUGAGUUGGUUUGGCGCUUCGGACUUGAGCGUUUAUCAUCUGACAUUGGAUUUGCCCGAAGCUGGCGUCUCUGGCAAGAUCACGAUGCGUUCUAGGGCACCUGCUCACGUGGCAUGUGGACUCAGAUUGCCUGGCGCGUCUUUCGAAUUCGCUCCCUACCUCUACUGGGCCAACGCUGUUCCGGAUUCCUAUGCGUCAGUUGACCUGCUUGUCAAUGGGACUGAGCUGUCCUUUUCGGGGUCUGGAUAUCAUGAUCAGAAUUGGGGCACAGCUCCCUUUGCAUCAGAUCUCACUCAAUGGUACUGGGGCCACUCGAGUAUUGGCAACUACUCUCUCGUUUACUUCUAUCACAUCGACGCGGAAUUGAGCGUUACCGCCAGUGCUUAUCUUUCGGAAAAUGGAGAGCCGAUUAUUGCAAGCUGUGCUAGUUCUGUCAUUGAAGUCGCUCCUCAAGGUGCCAAUGUCACGGUACCGCUUGCUCUCGGAACAGACGUGGAGAGAUGGCUCAUCAGCAUUAGUGAUCCUAUCCGUGGUGAUUUUAAUUUCACUGUUGAGAACAUGGUGAUGGCAGCUGACCAGGAAAUCUAUACACGCUGGGUCACAAAAACCACUGGUGGGUGCAUUGGCUGCGACAGCCAGACGGGAACGGGCAUCAUUGAGUGGAUGAAUAAUCCGACACUAGCACUUACUGCUGACGCUUGA